AUGUUCCACCACAUUUGGGCAGCUCUUCUCUACCUCUAUGGCAUUCUCCUUAACUCCAUCUACCAGUGCCCUGAGCACAAUCAACUGACAACUGAAGGAAUGGAUGGGAAAGAGUUCCCAGAGCCCCACCUGGGCCAGUGGUAUUUUAUCGCAGGGGCAGCUCCCACCAAGGAGGAGUUGGCAACUUUUGACCCUGUGGACAACAUUGUCUUCAACAUGGCUGUGGGCUCUGCCCCCAUGCAGCUCCAGCUUCGAGCAGCCAUCCGCACGAAAAAUGGACUUUGUGUGCCCCGGAAAUGGAUCUACCACCUGUCUGACGGGAGCACAGAUCUCAGAACCGAAGGCCGCCCUGACAUGAAGACCAAGCUCUUCUCCAGUGCAUGCCCAGGUGGAAUCAUGCUGAAAGAGACAGGCCAGGGUUACCAGCGCUUCCUCCUCUACAAUCGCUCACCCCACCCUCCUGAGAAGUGUGUGGGGGAAUUCCAGUCCCUGACCUCCUGCCUGGACUUUAAGGCCUUCUUACUGACCCCCAGGAAUCAAGAUGCCUGCGAGCUGUCCAGUAACUGA